AUGCAUGAUCAUAAUGCUCACAAGCUCCUCGCCCAGAUUCCCCUCACUGUUUCGCCGUUCGCAGGCCUCCCAACUUCCAUAACCCUCCCAUACGACUACGUCUCUCUUCCAGCUUCUCUACCCCCUCCGUCAUCCAAUCAAAUCGUAUCACCUUCAGGCCAAUCCAGCAUAUCUCCCGACCAACUGAUCGUCGACUGUGGAAAUCUAGCGGCGCACUUGACCAACGAAGCCAAGACCGCAAGAGAGGAGAUUGAGAAAUGGGUUAAAAGCAUCGAAGAACGAGAGCUAAUGGAAAAAAGGAGAGUGGCGCCGGGUUGGCUAGAUACAGGGGUUAUGAUGUUGGAACCGACAAAAAAGGCUGGCACGCCGGUUACUGGUGGGGCUGCUGGUACACCCUUAUCGAUGCCAGAGCCUAAGGUUCUCGGAGUUCCUGUAUCGGAUGGAUAUACGAGACAAGCUGCGAGCCCUGGCGAAGAGCUUGACAGAGCUUUUGGUGGGCUUGGAGUUUGA